AUGAACAUUCAAAUCAAACUUCCAGUAACUUCAAUUGAUCUUGAAGGAAGCAACGUAAUAGAACAACUUGAAGCAUCUGUUUCAAGAGAAAUUGUUUUCUUUGAUGAAUCUAUAGUUGGUUAUAUUAUUCAUACUUCAGAUCUGGAACCAUCACCCGUACCUAAACGAGCCUCCCUUGAUAUUUCAAUUCUUCCACAGGAUAGUAUAACUCAUGUCCUCAACGCUGAUCAAAGAAAUGGUUUCAAUAUUGCAAAUUUGACAAUCGAUGAAACUGUUUAUCUGUAUGAAAAUCAUCAUGUUUGGAAAUUCGAAGUUCCAGUAACCUAUCCUAAGAAAAGACUAGCAAAUCCUCGACUAUUAGUUUCAUGUACCCUUAUAGGUGAUAAUCACGAAUUGACAACACAAGAAGAUACAGAUGAACCUACUUUGACUGACUAUGUACCAUGCAUUGACCGAGGUUUAAAUAUAAACAAUUCAAUCAUCGAGGUAUCGAAAACAAGUCAAGAGAAUGUGUUAACCGAAACGGAAAAUAAUAAUGACAAGGAGCACUCCAAUCUUCUUCAUGCCACAUUGAGUGUCCGGGUUUCAAUUUCACUUGUAUUAAAAUUAAAAUCAACCAAACCUGCAGGGAGAAAUAACAUGUUGUUAGCUACACUUAAUAUUGAAUGUUCUGAAGAAUUGUUAAGUUUCCUCAAUCAUAGCAAAGAAGAUUAUUAUUUUAAUGUAUUUGACCUACGUACUGACUUUAAAUCAGGUUCUAUUGUGCCAUUAUCUAACGAAGAUAUGGGGCCACCUAUGAGGAUAAAUUGCAAAGAUUCACUCAAUCUAACAUAUAAACUAAUAAAUAACGAUGAUUUAGACGGAAGCGGCAUACACCCUACUAAACCAAUUAGGAUACAACUAUCUUUACAAGUUCAGAAAUAUGCGCAAGCGGAAUAUAUGAAUGUGAGUAAUACAAUUGAGACAGAAUGGACUCCAUAUUUAGAUUUUGGAUUGAUUGCACCUCCAAUUAGCAAUUCUUUGAAAACUGCAAAUACUUAUUCUCAACUGCAAUCUCAAUCUGGUAUAUUGCCGAAUUCAUCUAUGCCGAAAUCCGUAUUGAUAGGUCAUUCAUAUAAGGGAAAUCUUCUCCCUCCAGCAGCCAUCAAUCGCCCGCCGUUGGCAAUAUCAAAUAGUACUCCAAAUCUCCCAAAAAAGCAAACAACUCGGCCUAGUCCUGAUACGAUCCAAUCACAGCAAAUUCUGGUUUCUUCGGCAGUGACAGUCAACUUAUCAACAACUGCCAAUUCAAGCUUAUAUGGAUUAAAACUCACAUUCAUUGGGAAUUUAAGUAUUCAAUUGGGACAAGUAUUGACCUGGAAAAUUCAAGCAAUUAAUAAUUCUCCAAAUAGAUUAAACCUAUCCCUACUUGUUCAAAAUCCCAUCAAUUUUAAUCCGAUAUAUACCACCAAUGAAACCAAUCGUGAAAACCCAUCCACAGUCACCCUAUCAUCUCGACCAAUUGAGGUUAAUCAUAAAUUAUCCAAAAACGUCAUAUAUCCACCACAACAAUUAUUGCCAUUAGCAGAAUCCCUUAAACAUAACAAGAAUUGUGGAGUUAUCGUUUUAAAUAAUGAUAUUCGAAUUGGCCCCGUGGAUCCAAAUAUGGUAUUUGAAACUGAAAUACAAUUCAUGGGGAUAUCAAAAGGGAUUUUUAAUUUGGAUGGAAUAAAAGUGUUUGAUAUUAAUAGUGGGGAUGGAUUGGAUUUUGGGAAAUUGAUUGAAGUUUUUGUAGUAUAA